UAAGAGAUAAUACAUACAAUACAAAACGGGGGGCGUAUUUUGAGAUUUGGGUCAGUGUUGGGUUGAGAGUGUUGGGCGUACUAACAGAGAUGGCUCCCCCGGCCGCAGGUCCAAAAUCGCCGCCGAAGAUCGUUUCGAGUCCCCAGGAGCUAGCGAUCCAGCUAGGGCAGCCCUUGUCGCUAACCUGUGGGGUACAGGGCAACCCCCGUCCGACCGUUACCUGGUACUUCAACGGUAAAGACACCGCCGGCCUCGCGGGCUUUCGUUUAGCGGAGAAGGGCAACAGCGUAAGCCUAGAAAUCAGCCGCUUCGACGUGCCGUGCUUUGGGAAUUACCUUUGCGUUGCCCGGAACGAGCUUGGAGAGGCUAAAUUCACUUUAGCGCUUGAUGCACAAGCGGACCAACUUGGCUCGUCUGCGGAGAGACUUGAGCCGCCCGAUCUAAAGGACUGGGACUUUGUUAAGAAGGAAGCAGGCGGCAACCUCAGUGUCGAGUUCAAGUGCAGAGCGACCGGACAGCCGCCGCCGGACGUUCUUUGGUACAGAGGGGCCAGAAAAUUGCGCUCGGACGCGGACUUCGUGGUGACGUAUGAGAAAGGAGAGGUCAGCUUCCUCAUCAAGAAAGUCAACAAAUCUUCGUCUGGAGAGUACAAGUGUGUGGCGUCCAACCCGGCCGGCAAGUCUACCACCACAGCCAGACUUGCCGUUAAAGAACAACUAGUUGGCGGGAAGGUUCGCUACAUCAUUGAUGACAUCUCCACCGCUGCCUCUGUGAACGGUUCUCCUCAAGCACAAAAGGCACAGGCGCAGACGACUGCAGGAGAGCCAGGCCAGGCACAAGCGUCUGUGGCCAAAUCUGCAGCGGCUGCACAGGAAAACGCAGCUCAGAAACCUAAGGAGGAGGCGAAACCUCCUGCAGCAGCGCAGGGUAAGGCAGCAGCCGCAGCACCGGCAGCAGCAGCACCGGCAGCAGGAGGCGGAAGCAUGGCCGCGACUAUAGUGGAAAAGCCCGCGGAGCUGUUUGGCAUUGAUGGUCAGCCCCAGGAGUUUAGGAUCAAGGUAGCCGGGGACCCACAUCCAACUAUCCAAUGGCAGAAGGGAAAAUUUCUGAAGAUCAAGGAAGGUCCUCGCUACCACGUGCUCUUUGACGAGGAAACUAAGGAAGAUGUCAUGGUCAUCAAGGAACUACGACCGGCCGACGCAGGAACCUACAAAUGUAACGUGUUCAACCCCGGUGGCCAAGCAAACUGUGCAGUGGUUCUCCACGUCAAAGACAGGAAGGAUAUCUCUGAAGAGGAAGUCCUGAAGAUUCUGGAGAAGACGGACCCGAAAGACUACGAGCGUGUGGCUCUGAUGUACGGCAUCACGGACUUCAGGAACCUGCUCAAACACGUCCACAUUAAGAAGAAAAAGUGGGCCCCCAAAGGCAGCAAGAGAGAAGGAUGGUGGGCACUUCUGAAGCGGAAAGUCCACAGCGGCGAACUGGAGGAGGCCAUGAAGAAGAACUGCAGUUUGAAUGAAAACGAUUUGGGCACGAAGAAGCCUGCAGAGAUCGUGAAGGAGCUGGAAGAUGUGGAGGGUCAGCAGGAAAAGGAAGUCACGUUCAUGGCAGAAGUAGUUAUCAACGACAAGGACUUGAAGGUGGAGUGGGAGAAGAACCUGGACAUCCUCACCCCUGGACAGAAGUAUAAGAUGGAACACAAGGGAGAUCUGGUGAUGCUGACCAUCAAAGAUCUCCGACAUGACGACGAGGGAAAGUACAAGCUUGUAGUUGGAGACUGCACCUCCAGUGCCAUGCUUGUCGUCAAAAAGGCCCCGGCCAGGUUCCGUGGUUUGAUGAAGGGGUGCACGGUGUUCCUCCACGAGAGGGCAGAGUUCACAGUGGAGGUGUCCCGGGCCGAUGCCGAGCUGCAGUGGUUCUUCAAGGGGAAACCGAUCGACUUCACCACCAAACGAUAUGCCAUUGAAACCAUGGGAAACCGGCGCACCUUAGUCAUCCGCCGUACCGAGUUUGAAGACAUGGGUGACUACAGUUGUUCUACUGGAGAUGACAAGACUCAAGCCAAAUUGACUGUUAAAGAGGAGCGGUACAAGUUCACCAGCGAGCUGAGAGACUGCGAGGCACCAGUCGGUGGCGACGCGCGCUUUGAGUGCGAGGUGUCCAGCGAAAGCGCCAAGGUGACAUGGUUCAGGAACAAGGAGGAGCUGACAGCUGGGGAGAAGUACCAAAUCAUCAAGGAAGGACUGAAACACGUCCUCAUCAUCAAGAACAUCGAGAUGGAAAAGGACCGGGGACAGUACAUCUGUAAGACCAAGGACGGCAGCAGCACCGGAAAACUCAUCAUCAGAGAUGCCGGCUUCAGGCCACCUGCUGAUGCGUCUGCACAUGCAGAUGGUGCUUCCGGAGCACCUGCGGAUUUUGCUGCAGACUCUGCAGAUGCUGCAGAUUUUGCUACAGAUGCUGGCAGCAGCGCAGACGCAGAUGCAAAUGUAGAGCGCUCUCCAAGUGCAGACAGCCGGGAUCGUGGUUGGAAAAGAGACAGGCGCGGCAGCGGCCUAGCGGGGGCGCGUGGUACUGCAGGUGCAACGAAACCUCCACCCGGAUUUGUCUCAGAGCUUAAGAGCUUAACUGGCUUCUUCAAGAGGGACGUGACGUUAGAAUGUGAAGUCGCAAAGGAAGACGCCAGGGUCAAAUGGUUCAAGAACAGCAAGGAGAUUAACCUCGCUAGGCUGAAGGGGAAGUAUGACUGCCAGGUGAAGGGAACCAGGCGGAUCCUCAUCAUCAAGAACCUGGCCUGGGACGACACGGCCGAGUACUCAUGCGAGGCGCCGGGCGGCAAGACCUCGUGCACCAUGACUGUAGAAGAGGCUCCUAUCGAAUUUAAGCAGCACCUUAAGGACAGCAAGGCCUUCCCCAAGGAAUCGGUGACGUUCGAGUGUGAGCUGUCCACGGAGGACACAGAAGUACACUGGUUCAGGAACGGGGUGGAGAUCAAGAUGGGAGGCAGGUAUGAAAUCAAGAAAGACGGACUGAAGAGGUAUCUCAUCAUUACCGGCCUCACCAUGGAAGACAUGGGAGAAUACACCAUCGAGGCCGGCAUCAAAAAGAAGUUCAAGUCAUCGGCCAAGCUUGCAAUUGAAGCGAAGCCCGUGAAAAUAGAGAAGGGCCUGAAGGAUGUCAGUGCUCUGGACAAGGACCCAGAGCUCGUCCUGGAAGCUACCAUCUCGGAGCUGGACGGGGAGGUUUCCUGGCUAUGGAACGGCAAACCCAUCCCCAAGGAACUCUUCGACAGCGGCAAGUUCAAGGUGGUUUCCGAUAAGAAGAAACGGAAGUUGGUGAUCACAAACGUCGGGAGGGACGAUGGCGGGGAGUACACUCUGGUGACGAAAGACGGGAAGUCUAGCUGUAACGUCAGCGUCUCAGACCGGCCUGUGAAAAUAAAGACCGGGCUAAGAGACGUUAGCGCCCGCGAGAAGGAUCCAGAAGUGAUCCUGGAGGCUGAGAUCUCGAUCCCUGACGGGGAGGUGACGUGGUUGUGGAACGGCCAGGCGAUCCCGGUGGAUCUCCUGUCCAGCGGCCGGUUCCAGAUCAUUUCGGACGGCCGGAAGCGGAAGCUGAAGAUCAAGGACCCGGAAAAGGCGUUCUGUGGAGAGUUCACGCUGGUGACGAACUCAGGACAGUCCAAGUGCAAGCUGGACAUCUCAGAUCGGCUCAUUCAGAUUAAGUCCGGGUUGAAAAACGUAAAAGCCACCGACAGGGACCCGGAAGUGACGUUGGAAGCGGAGGUCUCUGAACCGGAUGGGGAGGUCACGUGGCUGAGGAACGGGAAACCGAUUCCCCAGGACCUCCUCAGCAGCGGUAAGAUCCAGAUCAUCGCAGACGGCAAGAAGAGAAAACUGAAGAUCAAGGACUUGAACAAAGACGACGCCGGGGAGUUCACCUUGAAAACCAAUGACGGGACCUCCAAGUGCAAACUGGACGUGGAAGACAGAAAAAUCGGAAUCACCUCAAAGCUGAAAGACGUGAACGCUUUGAACAAGGAUCCGGAAGUGACGUUAGAGGCGGAAGUGUCGGAGCCUGACGGGGAGGUCACGUGGCUCAAAGACGGAAAGCCGAUUCCCAAGAAGCUUCUAGACAGCGGGAAGGUCCAGGUCAUCGCGGACGGGAAGAAGAGAAAGCUGAAGAUCAAAGAUCUGGGAAAGGAUGACGCUGGGGAGUAUACACUGAAAACCAACGCUGGGACUUCGUCAUGCAACCUGGGCGUACAAGACCGACCUGUCAAAAUUAAGUCCAAACUCAAAGACGUCAAAGCCCUGGACAAGGAUCCGGAAGUGACGUUGGAGGCGGAAGUGUCGGAGCCUGACGGCGAGGUCAUGUGGCUUAAGGACGGCAAGCCGAUCCCAAAAGAGCUUUUGGACAGCGGAAAAGUUCAAAUCAUCGCCGACGGCAAGAAGAGGAAGCUAAAAAUCAAGGACCUGGGGAAAGACGACGCCGGAGAAUACACCUUAAAGACAAACGACGGAGAGUCUUCCUGCAAGUUGGGAGUGGAAGACCGACCUGUCAAAAUUAAGUCCAAACUCAAAGACGUCAAAGCCCUGGACAAGGAUCCGGAAGUGACGUUGGAGGCGGAAGUGUCGGAGCCUGACGGCGAGGUCACGUGGCUUAAGGACGGCAAGCCGAUCCCAAAAGAGCUUUUGGACAGCGGGAAAGUUCAAAUCAUCGCCGACGGCAAGAAGAGGAAGCUAAAAAUCAAGGACCUGGGGAAAGACGACGCCGGAGAAUACACCUUAAAGACAAACGACGGAGAGUCUUCUUGCAAGUUAGGGGUGGAAGACCGACCUGUCAAAAUUAAGUCCAAACUCAAAGACGUCAAAGCCCUGGACAAGGAUCCGGAAGUGACGUUGGAGGCGGAAGUGUCGGAGCCUGACGGCGAGGUCACGUGGCUUAAGGACGGCAAGCCGAUCCCAAAAGAGCUUUUGGACAGCGGGAAAGUUCAAAUCAUCGCCGACGGCAAGAAGAGGAAGCUAAAAUCAAGGACUGGGGAAGACGACGCCGGAGAAUACACCUUAAAGACAAACGACGGAGAGUCUUCCUGCAAGUUGGGAGUGGAAGACCGAAAAAUCGGAAUCACCUCAAAGCUGAAAGACGUGAACGCUUUGAACAAGGAUCCGGAAGUGACGUUGGAGGCGGAAGUGUCGGAGCCUGACGGGGAGGUCACGUGGCUCAAAGACGGAAAGCCGAUUCCCAAGAAGCUUCUAGACAGCGGGAAGGUCCAGAUCAUCGCGGACGGGAAGAAGAGAAAGCUGAAGAUCAAAGAUCUGGGAAAGGACGAUGCCGGGGAGUACACACUGAAAACCAACGCUGGGACUUCGUCAUGCAACCUGGGCGUACAAGACCGACCUGUCAAAAUUAAGUCCAAACUCAAAGAUGUCAAAGCCCUGGACAAGGAUCCGGAAGUGACGUUGGAGGCGGAAGUGUCGGAGCCUGACGGCGAGGUCACGUGGCUUAAGGACGGCAAGCCGAUCCCAAAAGAGCUUUUGGACAGCGGGAAAGUUCAAAUCAUCGCCGACGGCAAGAAGAGGAAGCUAAAAAUCAAGGACCUGGGGAAAGACGACGCCGGAGAAUACACCUUGAAGACAAACGACGGAGAGUCUUCCUGCAAGCUGGGAGUGGAAGACCGACCUGUCAAAAUUAAGUCCAAACUCAAAGACGUCAAAGCCCUGGACAAGGAUCCGGAAGUGACGUUGGAGGCGGAAGUGUCAGAGCCUGACGGCGAGGUCACGUGGCUUAAGGACGGCAAGCCGAUCCCAAAAGAGCUUUUGGACAGCGGAAAAGUUCAAAUCAUCGCCGACGGCAAGAAGAGGAAGCUGAAAAUCAAGGACCUGGGGAAAGACGACGCCGGAGAAUACACCUUAAAGACAAACGACGGAACGUCUUCUUGCAAGUUAGGGGUGGAAGACCGUCCCGUCAAGAUCAAGUCCGGGCUCAAGGACGUCAAGGCCAUGGACAAGGACCCGGAAGUGACGUUAGAAGCGGAAGUGUCGGAGGCUGACGGAGCGGUGACAUGGCUGAAGAACGGCAAGCCGAUUCCCCAGGAUCUGUUGGACAGUGGGAAAGUUCAGAUCGUAGCAGACGGCAACAAGAGGAAACUCAAGCUGAAGGACCUCGGCAAAGACGACGCCGGGGAGUACACCAUGGUCACCAACGACGGGAAAUCGUCCUGUAAACUGAACGUCGCAGACCGUCCCGUCAAGAUCAAGUCCGGGCUCAAGGACGUCAAGGCCAUGGACAAGGACCCGGAAGUGACGUUAGAAGCGGAAGUGUCGGAGGCUGACGGAGCGGUGACAUGGCUGAAGAACGGCAAGCCGAUUCCCCAGGAUCUGUUGGACAGUGGGAAAGUUCAGAUCGUAGCAGACGGCAACAAGAGGAAACUCAAGCUGAAGGACCUCGGCAAAGACGACGCCGGGGAGUACACCAUGGUCACCAACGACGGGAAAUCGUCCUGUAAACUGAACGUCGCAGAUCGUCCCGUGAACAUCGUGUCCGGACUACGGGAUGCGGACGUGGUAGAGAACUCACCGGAAGCUGCCCUGGAGGCGGAAGUGUCGGAGGCUGACGGAGAGGUGACGUGGCUGAAGAACGGCAAGCCGAUCCCGAAAGCUCUGUUGGACAGCGGGAAGCUUCAGAUCGUGGCUGACGGGAAGAAGCGGAAACUCGUCAUCAAAAACCCGGGGAAGGACGACGCAGGAGAGUACACUCUGGUCACUAAAGACGGGAAAUCCAACUGCAAGAUCAAUGUCACAGACGAGCCCGUGAAGAUCACCAAAGAGCUUCAGCCCGUCAAAGUGACGGAGGGAGACAAGGCGGAACUGGCCUGCGAAGUCCACAAGGACGGAGCGCAGGUACAGUGGCUCAAGAACGGCAAGCCAAUCCCGGACAAGGACUUAAAGAACAUCAAGAUUGUGGCCGACGGAAAGACGCACAAGCUGAUAUUCCUAGACGCCGAACCGAAGGACAGUGGGGAGUACUCUGUGAAGACCACGGGAGGAACCUCGAACGCCAACGUCAAUGUUAAAGAAAUCCCUGCCGGCUUCACGUCGAGUCUGAACGGUGCCGAGUGCGAGUACGGGGAGGACGUCACCUUCGCCGUGGAACUCACCAAACCCAAGGCGGAAGUCAAGUGGCUCCUCAACGGCAAAGUCAUCGACCCCGACAGGCCACGCGGAAAGUACCAAGUUGUGACGGACGGCACCAAACGCAAACUGAUCGUCAAGAACUGUAACGGCAAGGACAACGGAGAGAUCACGUGCGUGUUCGGCGACAAGGAGGCCACCAGUCAACUCAAGGUCAACGAGCCUGUUGGCAUUAAGAAGGGUCUGGAGGGCAGUGUGCUGAAGGAGGAGGAGAAGGGCAAACUGACUGUGGAGCUCAACAGAGAGAAGCCUGGCGGUGGGGACAUCAAGUGGUUUAAGAAUGGUAAGGAGAUCACCCUUGGUGGGAAGUACAAGAUGCAGCGUGAUGGGAACAAGUGUCACCUGCUGAUCGACCCUGUGGACCUGACAGAUAACGCUGAGUUUACCUGUAUGGCAGGAGACUCUUCUACUUCAGCAAAGGCUACUGUGGACGAAAAACCAGCCAUAAUCACCAGCGAGCUGCAGGUUCCGGAGGUCAUCGAAGGUGAGAAGGCAGAGUUCGUCCUCGGCCUCAACAAGGACAACAAACUCGACAAGAUCAAGUGGUUUAAGGAUGGGAAGGAGGUUUACGAGUCGAGCCGGAUCCACCUGCAGCAGCGGGGGAAUAACUACGUCCUGGUCAUUAACCGGGCGCAGAUGGAGGAUGCUGGGACUUGGUCCUGCCAGAUAGACGGAUCCACGUCACAGGGAACCUUCGUCGUCAACGAGCCUCCGCUGAAGAUCACCAGUAAGCUGCGGCGGGUCGACGCCAUCGAGGGCGAAGACGUCAAGUUUGAACUGGAGGUCAGCCGGGAGAACGGCGAGGUCACGUGGUUCAAAGACGGCGUCGAGAUCAACCCAGCCGCCAACCCGGACAAGUACGAGAUCAAGGUAAUUGGGCUGAAGCGGGUUCUGAUUGUGAAGGGCUGUGCCCUGGGAGACAGCGGACAGAUCACCGUCGUGGCGGAGAAGGACAAGAAGACCGCCGUCCUGAAUGUGGAGAAACCGUUCCAGAUGGAGCGGGUGCCCACCUUCACCCUCCCACUCAGGGACACCGGGUUCUUCGCUGGCAAGACCAUCGUGCUCACAGUUACUGUGAGUGUACAUCCAGAGCCUGACAUCACAUGGACCAAGAAUGGCCAGGAGGUCUUACCCGGAGGGAGGGUCAGGUUCUCCAAGGACUACGGUCGGUACACCCUGGAGAUUCUGAACGCUCAGCCCGAGGAUGAGGGAGAGUAUGCCGUCACCGCAGUCAACCCCUUCGGCAAGGACUUCACCUCAUGUAAAGUCACACCUAAAACCCGUGGUCAUGAGGAAGACUGGUACGUACCGCUGUUCCGUCGGUACAUGGUCACACAGGAGGUACUGCAGGGCAAGGACGCCAGGUUCGAGUGCAAGGUCAACGGCAAUCCUGUCCCAGAAGUAAAAUGGAUGAAGGGCGAUGUGGAGAUCAAAGAUGGCCCUCGCCACGUGAUCUCGUUUGACGGUAAGACGGCAGCUCUGGAGGUGAGAAAUGUCUCCAAAGAGGACCUGGGUACCUACACCUGCGUCAUCACCAACGCUGCAGGCUCUCAGGAGUGUCACGCUGACAUCGCCUUCGACACAGGCCUGCCCGAACGCAAGAAGAAACGAGGUGCUCGCCGCGCUGCCCGGGCAGAAGAGGAGAUUGAGUACAGGAAGGUGACGGAGUAUGAGCUAGAGUACGACGAGAAUGUCAACGUAGCUGGCGGCGGCAAGGUGCGUAAGGUGUCUGAAGAGGAGCUGCAUAAGCUGUUUCUGGAGGUUGAGGCUGAGGAGGCGGAGCGGCUCAAACUCGGCCUCACCAUCGAGGAGUGGGAAAUACGACAGAUGGAGAGGCUCGGUCUAACCCCUGAACAGUGGAACAUGAGAAAGCGUCAGCGGAUGCUGCUCCUGUCCCAGCUGGACAUGGAGAUGAGAAUGAAGCUGGGCCUGGACAUGGAGAGCGCCACCAUGGUUGAUGGGGUGGCAUCAGGUGCAGGUUUCGGGCGGGCGACACAGGUGGAUGUCCACAUGCACGGUCCCCGGGAACCCAAGUUCAAACUGCCGCUCAGAGAUACCAACUUCCUGGUGGGGGGAACGCUCACUCUGUCUGUCACAGUCAACGUCCACCCUGAGAACCAAGUAACCUGGUACAAGAACGGGCAGGAGAUUAAGGUUGGCGGCCGGAUUCGGACCGGACAGGACUUCGGCCGCUACACGCUCACCAUCCUGGACGCCUCCGCUGACGAUAUCGGCGAGUACUCGUGUGCGUCCAAGAACCCGUACGGAAACGACAAGUGCUCGUGUCAGGUCACCAUCAGAGAACACGGCCAUGAGGAGUACUUCAGUGCUCCGCUGUUCCGGCGUUACAUGGUGAACUGUGACGCACUGGAGGGCAAGGACGGAACCUUCACCUGCAAGAUCAACGCCAAACCACAGGCUGAGAUCAGAUGGGAGAGAGACGACAAGGAGAUUGUUUCCGACGACCGCCAUGUUAUUCAGUACGACGGGGUCACCGCGACCUUGACCGUCAAGGGCGUGACGAAGGCCGACCUUGGGACCUACUACUGCAAGGCGACCAACUGCGCGGGGUCCGUGACCUGUCACGCGGAACUGGCGCUCGACCGUGACCUACCAAUCACGAGGGGAAGGCGAGCGUCAGCCGGUGAGGCGGACGUGGAGUACGUGAAGCGGCGAGAGUACGAGUUCGAGUUAGCCGACGGCGCACCCGGAGGAGCAAGCCCAUCCUUGGACGACGAAGAAGCCGAACGUCAACGUCUCGGGCUCUCUCCGGAAGACUGGGAGCUCCACAAGCGGGCGGCGUCCGCCCCACGGCCGGGGCCUUACAGAGGACGUCCCCGCGGAAGGGCCAGCGUCGACGUCGGGGAUCUCUCACGCAAACGCUACCACGCCUCCUCCCACUCUUACGUACCGCGGAAGCAGAAGUCGCGAGGGGCGCACUUAGACGAGUACUAUAACCAAUCCCUGUGGUACAAGCGGAUAAGGCAGUACUACAACGCGCUGUACAGCCCAGGAAAGUACGACCUCGUCUACAAAGUCGGCGACGAGACCCGCUCUCACCUUCACGACGGGUCUUACGACGAUUUUUACCUUCACCCCGUCCGGGACCAGGACCUGAGCACAUGGUAUGACCAGAAGGGGGCUGGCCAGGCCGGCUCCUCAGAGACAAACCCGCUAACAGAGCACUACGCGUCCAUGAACCACCACCACGUGGGGCGACGCAGGCCAGCUCGCCAGGCCCAGGCCGACAGGUCCCUAGACCUGACCACCAUCAGCGAGGACAAGUGGCGACCACAGGAGGUGUGGCAGUACGAGGUGGAGCUCGCAGACCGCAGACGACAGCGCGACCGCGACCUUGGGGACACAGCCAGCGUCGGCAGCGACUCCAGCGACUACUAUGUCAUCCCGGAAAAGUUCGUCCCAACAUACAUGCGCCAACACACCUACGUAGUGUCCGACGUCGGCCCUAUAGCUCACGCCGACGUCGCCGGCUCUGCGACAAGAAGAGGCUCUCCCGACGUCGUGACUUCGCGACGUCGCCGGAUAUCAGAAUCGAGCGGGCGUUCGUCCACAUCCGGUAUGGGCGACGUCACUUCCGUCCCCUCGAGUGUGCGAACGACGCGGUACACGAGUACGAGUGGUGAGGGCGACGUCUCCACGGCAACGGUUUCCAUGCCAACCAGGACCGUUAGCCAACCGGUGACGGUUACCAAAAGAACCGUCACCAAGAAGACGUAUUCCCUUGCGGACUGAGCGAACGGUUUCUGUCUGGCAUUUCAACUUAUUCAAGCUCGCUGCUAUACAGCUACUGUCUUUUCCGCUUUCUUGCCUUUAUAAAAGCUAUAUAACUAUAUCUUAUCAAGUUUUCAAAAUGUAAAUUUCUUAAAACUGUCUCCCUAUAUCUUAAGUAGUUUCCUCGUAUCUCCAAAUAAGCGAAUCCUCUUGAGAGGGUAGUAUCUUACUCAACCGCGCGCAGCAAGUAGGAGAGUUUGUAACUUAAGACCAGAGUUGAAGAAAAAAAAGCGAAGGACGCGACAUUGCCGCUAGACUGCGUAGUUUAUUUAUAAGUCCGCCGGAUUGAAGUUUUAAGCCCGCCAGAUGUCCUGCCAAGCUCCCACAGUUUAUACUAACGUAGCAACAGCCCAGGGCCAAGAAUCCGCAUAGCUCAAAUUGUCGACAGUCGGUUAUUAUGGAAAUUCUCCUGAGGCCUUGGGCCCGCCCACUGCACACUAUGACGCGGCGUUACGCUCCCGUUUAGGUAGGGACAGCGACAUCGGGAUAAGUUUGGCGGCCAACCGGGGGCCUACAGCACCAACCUACGAAAUACUUGCCAUGAUAAUUGCGAGGAGGACCUGUGUCGGAAUUCGCAGCAAGGCUAGAUGUAGGAUACAGUCUUACCCAAAAUAGGUCCUGUGUAGAUGUAGGCGAUACGUGGUGGCAUUCUUCUGACGAUUUUCGGGCCGCUCCUUCGUUCCCUUUCCUUGCGAUCUUCCUCGUGUUAA